UGCUGAGCUGAAGCUUGAUGCCUGAGGUGGGAGAGUGGCCGAUGAAGAGGAAGCAGAUGUAAAGAGAACGAGGCCCAGCAGCAGACGUGUCUCCUCCGCGCAAUGGUCGCUUCUGUGAUUAUGGCUUCAGCUUCACCAAUUCGUAUCAAGCUGUUCAAAGGCAGACCUUGUCAGCUCAGUGGGAGUGGAUUGCGGCAUUCUCGUCAUGUAAUAACUCCUCCGAGAUGUUCUAUGAGAGCAUCCAUGGCACAAUUCGGUGAGCCAGAGAAACUCAAAGUACAUUUAAAUGUUGCGAGGGAGAGGUUGUGGGAGACUGUUCCGAACUCGGUCAAAGAUUUUCCAUGGAAAGAAGCAGAGGAUAAGAUACUUCACCGGCUUGUACUUUUGGGACAUAAGGUGUUGAAGUGGUCAAUCGUCAGUCUCUUUGUUUUCAGCUCCCUAUCAGACUUUGUGUAUGCAGUUGCCAAAAAUAAUGAGCUUAUGAUUCCCCUUGGCCUCUUCAUUGGCUGUUUGAUGGCCGACUUUCUGAAGGAGAUAUUUUUGGAAUUCUUCAGCAACUCCGAGGAUAAAAGAUAUGAUCUCCGGCACUUAACGACAACAGGUUUUAUCUUUCUUCUUGUGAAGAUUGCAUCUGUAUGUUUUGCUUUGCGAACACGGGUUUUUCUUCUGCAUGUCUCCAAUGGUGGGUUGAUGCAAGUUUUGUGGCUGUGGAGAAAUUCUUCAAGAGGAACGAGCACUGAAGAGAAAUCAUCGAUACAGGAAGAUGAGCAGCCUUCACUAGCUGUAGAUGGUCAAGAUUAAGACGAAGACCUUGGCAGAAUUUGUUGUAGUUUCAAUAGAUUUUUCAUCUUUUAACAUUUUUUUGUAUGUCUAGAUUGGCUUGUACUGAAAAUUGAGAAAUUGCUCACCGAGCAUUGCCAAUGCAAUGCUUAGGUGUAAAUGUAUGACACAAAUUUGCAUAACUUUUGGAACUUCAUCAUAGAAUGAACUCGGUUGUCUGAUCCUGACUUAA